AUGGAUCAUUAUCUGCAAUAUUCGGAUGGUGAUGAUUUAGACAAACUUAUUAAAAAAGUCGAAUUUGAAAACCAGACUUUUGUUCGACUGAUACACAAAGAAUGCCAGCACAUAGAAGCACUAGAAAAAGAAAUAGGGGAAGGAAAAACAGUGUUAGCAGAUCUACAAGAAAAGAUAUCCCAGCUGGAUGAUGACACCAGCCAAGGUCAACGGCAGUACACAUACAAUCGUGAAAACUGUGAAAGUUUGAAGAAGACCCUGGUUGUGUUGAAAGAACAUGAUGAAGCGUUAGACAGACAGUUAACAGCUUUAGAAGAAUCAGCUCAACAUGAAAGGAAUGGACAUAAAGAAAUCCUGCAACACUACAAUGAUGUUUGGGAAGAUUACCAAGGCAAAUACAAGAUGUUUCCACUGGCACAAUCUCUGGAGGAAAAGAAAAGUAGUGUUUCCUCAUUGGAAAAACAGCUCCAAGAAAUGGAAACCCAAAUAAAACAACUGCAUGUCCAAAUUCAUGAAAUCAAAGAAUCAACAGAUGAUGAACUCAAAGACCUGAACAAGUUUGUUAUUAAUUUAGCAGCUGUAAAGCUAUCAACUGAAUCAAUGUCAUGUAAAAUCAGACAGACAGUGGAAGUUAGGAGGCAGAUACAGGAAAAGAUCAGAAAGAAAAAGGAAUCAAGGCAAAAAACAGAAGAACAAAUAAUAAAGAGUGUAAGGGAGGACACAAACACUUCUGAACCUAGCAUGAAAGAGUCAUUUGCUCAAGAUCAAGUUCAGCUACCUGCUAGUCAAAACUGUGUUGAUCCCCAUGCAAAUUUGGGUCAUGAUAAGCCCCGUGGGAUUUCUCAGCAGGAUCAGCUGCACUUGAGUUCGGAGCCUAUUCAGGUUUGUCUGAUCUCUGAGCAAUCACAGUCCUGUUCAGAGACACAACCUAGCUUUAACACAGAGUCUUUACAGCCUUGCAUGGAAAUACAGGAAAGUGAUGAAGAUGGAGGCUCUAUGUUAAUAAGUAUGUUUAGUAAGAAACAAGAUGAUGUUGAUACUGAGAAGGAUAUGGAGACAAACGUAAACUCAUCUCUACGGCCUACUGCAUGUCACCCUCUGAUGGUCCUCCCACAAAAUCUGUCAUCCUCACAGUCUUGUCCUCAGCCGUUCCAGCAAGGCCAACAAAGACACCCACAUCAAAAGCAACAACCACCACAACAGUGUAUACUGCUUCCACCUGGCAAACGACAGUCUCAACAUAUGCAACAACCCCUUCAACAGGUGCAAUUGCAGCCUCAACCUUUACAAAAACAGCUGCAACAGAAACAACAGCAGAUUCAUUGUCAAUCUCAACUUGAACAACAGGCACGACAAACUCAAUUAGCACAGCAAAAGAUGCUUCAGACACAAAAACACCAGCAGUUCCAACAUGUCCAGCAACAAAAACAGCAGGUCCAACAGCAAGCCCAGCAGCUGGUUCCACAAAAUGCUUCAGAUCUAAAUCAAGCAUCACUAAACUAUGAUAAUAUGUUAGCAUUGAGACCUGCAGAUAUUGACCAAAAGUCAGCAUGUCAAACCCCAAACUACAGUCAAAUUGUGGCACCAAGAGCUCCCAGCAUCAGUCAGAUGCCAACAUCUAGGACUCUAAAUAGAAUAACUGCUCCAGCAGCCCUAACCAUUAACCAAGUGCCUGCAGCCCCCAAGUUUCGAAACCAAGUGUCUGCACCAAGACCUCCAAGUAUCAAACAUAUGUCGGCUCCUAAAGCUCCAACUUUCAAUAAAAUUUCCAUAACAAAUGUUUCAACCAAAAGUCAAAUUUCUGCACCAAGAGUUUCAGGUAUCACUCAGAUGCAAAUGCCUAAGACUCCUAAUUGGAAUUCUAUGUCUACACCAAACGCCUCCAAUAUCAGACCAAUGUCUUCACCAAGGACUGGUUCAGACAAUAUAUCAACAACAAGAGCUCCAAGUAGCAGCCAAAUAUUGGCACCAAAGGCUCAAAAUGGACAAAUUCCAUCAACACAAAGAGUACCUACUCAAAACCAAACAGUCUUAAUGCAGAAGGAACCAAACAAUGCUUCUACAUCCUCUUCAUCUUCAGAUGCAGCUGUAGUCUGUUCUCCACAACUUGCCCAAAGACCUAGACAACCAGACUCUUCGCCACAACUUGCCCAAAGACCUAGACAGCCAGACUCUUCGCCACAACUAGUCCAAAGACCUAGACAGCCAGACUCUUCGCCACAACUCGCCCAAAUACCAAGGCAGCCAGACUCUUCACCACAACUCGCCCAAAGACCUAGACAGCCAGACUCUUCGCCACAACUCGCCCAAAGACCUAGACAGCCAGGCCCUUCACCACAACUAGUCCAAAGACCUAGACAACCGGACUCUCCACCACAGCUAGUCCAAAGACCAGACUCUUCGCUACAGACAGAACUUUGUCCAAAAACACCACCUUCAGCAAUGCCUGAUCAUGAUGAAAUGGGUCUAAGUCCAUUUGAUUUUGAGAAACAUCAGGAAAAAGUCAAGCUUCUCUCCAAGUCUCCUGGACCUAUUUCUUUCUCUUCACGGACAAUGUUCAAAGAAACUCAGAAUGAUCCACAGGACAGCGUUGGGGAUUUCCUAAAUCCUUUUAUGGGAGAGGCUUCAAAUUUGUUUAGGGAAAGAACUGCAGAUAGCUUCGAGACUGGACAACCCAUGAGUUUGUUUGGUAACGACAAGGCAAGCAGUGUUUUUGGUGACGGGGGAAAAAACUCUAUAGGAAACCACUCUUCAUGUGGAGGAGAGAGUCUCAUGAUGCUGUUUGGAGGUGGUGACCAGACUUCUCCGGAUGUUGAGGGCAAGGAACAAGAGACAAGCUUCUCUCUCAACUUCUGCACUGACAAGAGUGGGGAUAGCCUUAUGUCACUGUUUGGAGGAGGGACAGAUAACUCCACUCAAGGAAACAACACAAAAGAGACAAAUUUCUCCAUUAAUUUUGGUGGAGGAUCCAACAGCCCAGGCAGCUCUAGAGGUUUCAAUCUGUUCUAACACAUAGCUCACAAGAUUUCAUUUUGUUCU